AUGACUUACACUGUGUCUGCUCUCUCAAAACCUUUCAAAUGCCCCGGUUCAGAAACCCGUCGAACAUCUGAUAAGCCUGCCCGCAAGCGCCGUAAAGUGAACUAUGCAGGCGCAGAUUGUAGUGCCGAAGAUGAUGGCGCCAAACCAUGGACAAAUGAGGACAGACUCGCCCUCGCAAACCGUGACGCUAACCGCUUCCCAGUAUUCAAAGUUAAAGAUAAAGAAACCACCUUUCGCCAACGGUUUCACGUUCCUUUGAUCGACAAGUCGAGUGGUAACUACAGUUCUGGUCGCUCUGCCCCGACUCUGGGAAUGCGCUGUGGUGCUACUUUCGUCGUUAAACCUCUACAUGAUCCCAGCGGAGAGUUUGCAAUCGUACUUUAUGACCCAACUAUCGAUGAUAGGCCGGAUGACAAGGAUGAAAGCAAAGACACUACUGGAAACAAGGAGGGUGAAGAGGUCGAGCAAAAGAAGUUGAAUCAGCCACUAGUGCAUAAAAGCCUUGCGGAAAUAUUGGGGAUCAAGAAGAAUGUUGACGAAAGACCCAAAGUACCCGUCGUUAUCGAUCCGAGGCUUGCAAAAAUUUUACGACCGCAUCAGAUUGAGGGUGUAAAG